CUGAUUUCAUACCACAACCACCAACCUCCACAGCCCUGUUUUUCGACACGACUCCUCCUCGUCGCUCUCCUUCCAUCAUCACUGGCGCUACUGAGUUCGUCAGAGUACAAUCCGCGCCCAUUAAGUCACGGCGAUCGAGCACAUUACGAGGUUCUAUGCAGCCGUCUGCUUGGGCUGAAUCCUGUCCAAAGGGCUCUUUGUGUUCAGAAUCCAUUCUCAAUACCCUUCGUUGCACGAGGAAUCAGGGAAGCCAUCUAUGAGUGCCAGUCUCAGUUCAAGUUUGAACGGUGGAAUUGCUCCGAUCGGCAUGAAAUCACUCCGACACCGCACGGGAAUUUCCAGGACAUUUUCGGGAAAACUCUUCGAUCAACUACCAAGGAAACGGCUUUCUUAGCUGCGAUUGCCAGUGCCGGCAUAGUGCACGCAAUAACGAAGGGGUGCAAUACAGGUAAUCUCACCGAUUGUGGAUGCGACAGUAAGCCAGCAUUGCAGAAGUACGUCGAAGGGUCAAAUCCCAUGGGACGACAUGAACAGUUCUCAUGGGGUGGUUGCUCGGAUAAUGUCCCGUACGGCCAGAAAUAUGCUAGACAGUUUCUGGACGAAUAUGAGAAGCAACAAUUCGAAAAAGACCGUAACGUGAGCCAUCUCGUCAUGAAACACAAUUUCUUGGUAGGACGGGAAGCGAUUUCGCAAAACAUCCGACGGCAAUGCCGAUGCCAUGGCGUGUCGGGAUCUUGUGAGUUCAAAACCUGCUGGCUUCAGAUGCCGAAAUUCAGUGAAGUGGCAGAGAUGCUGAAGAAACGAUACGAUCACUUCGCCGUUCAGGUGACGAAAAGAGCACGGAAGCGACUGAGACGCAAGGAACGAAGUGAACGUCAAAAUCCAAUUCGGGGCAACGAAAUGGUUUACGUGAUGCGAUCGCCGAGUUACUGUGAACGGAAUGACGCAGCUGGCAUUCUCGGUACGAGUGGACGAGAAUGCAAGCAUUCGUCAUACAACUCGGACAGCUGUGACCUUUUGUGCUGUGGGCGAGGCUACAAUACCAGAUUGGAGCGUCGAAUGACCCAAUGCCACUGUAAAUUUGUUUGGUGUUGUCAAGUGAAUUGUAAGGAGUGUAUUGAAGACGUACAAGUACAUACUUGCAAAUAA